UUCGCAGUUGGUAGUGAGAACUGAGAAUUCGGAUAAUAUAAUUAGAAUCAAUUUGUUGGUAUCUUACUGGUGCAAAUGGAAGCCAGCAUGCGGUUUGUUUUCGUUGUGAUUUUAGUGAUGAGUUCAUGUGUACAUGGCCAAUUGAAAACUGGGUUUUAUUCUUCUUUAUGCCCAAGAGCUGAGGCCAUAGUGAGGUCCACUGUUGAAGCACACUCCAACAAAGACCCCACGAUUUUGGCUGGCUUGCUAAGGCUUCACUUCCAUGACUGCUUUGUUCAGGGCUGUGAUGGUUCGGUGUUGAUUACGGGGUCUUCUGCUGAGAUGAGUGCACCCCCAAACCUUGGCUUAAGAGGGUUUGAUGUAAUCGAUGAUGCAAAAUCACAACUAGAGCCCUUGUGCCCUGGGGUGGUUUCAUGUGCCGAUAUACUCGCACUGGCUGCUCGUGAUGCUGUGGACUCGAGUGGUGGUCCAAGUUGGCCAGUGCCUACUGGAAGAAGAGAUGGCAGGGUGUCUUCGGCUUCCGAAGUCUCAAAUAAUUUACCUUCUCCUCUUGAAUCCGUCGCUACCCACAGGCAAAAAUUUGCUGCUAAAGGCCUUGACAAUAAUGAUCUUGUCACAUUAGUUGGGGGACAUACCAUAGGCCAAACAGACUGUUUGUUUUUCAGAUACCGUUUAUACAACUUCACAGCCACAGGUAACUCUGAUCCUACAAUAAACCCAUCAUUUUUGUCACAACUACAAGCUCUUUGUCCAAAAGACGGCGAUGGCUCGAAACGAGUUGCAUUAGAUAAAGAUAGCCAGACUAAGUUUGACGUGAGUUUCUUCAAGAAUGUACGUGAUGGUAAUGCAGUUCUAGAGUCGGAUCAGAGGCUAUGGGGAGACGCUACAGCGCGAACCGUCGUCCAAAACUAUGCUGGGAGCAUUAGGGGAUUACUUGGUUUAAGAUUUGACAUUGAGUUUCCAAAAGCUAUGAUCAAAAUGAGUAGCGUUGAGGUGAAGACCGGUACACAAGGAGAGAUUAGAAAAGUUUGUUCAAAGUUUAAUUAAUAAACCCCAUUGUGUUAAACUUAAUUAAACAAUUCCCUAGAUCACAUUUUAUAGUUUUGUUGGAAUCAAACUCACUUAUUAAAAAGAAAAAAAAAAUGGUACAUAUAUAUUUAGUACGUUUCUAGCUAGCUAGCUUUGAGCAUGUAACAAGAUAUGUAAAUAUUAAAUAUUAAUAAAGUUUUUUUUUUUUUUUU